AUCGUCGGACACGUUGGGGACGGCAACUUCCACGUGAUGAUUCCAUUUUACCAGGACGAGCCGGAGCUAAUGACCAAGGUCAAAAGCUUCUCGAACCGCCUGGUGGAGCGUGCUUUGGAGUACGAAGGGACCUGCACGGGCGAACACGGCGUCGGCCUCGGCAAAAUGAACUACCUGUCGGUGGAGCACCGAGACAGUGUCGACGUGAUGCUCGCCAUUAAGAAGGCUCUGGACUCGAAGGACAUCAUGAACCCGGGCAAGAUGCUCUACGGCAAAGCUCCUAGCUGCUAG